AUGCAAUUUUAGUUUUUUUUUAUUUAAAUAUCAUUAACAUUUCAAAUAAAGAAGUGUCAUUUUAGAUAAAUAGAACAGGUNGUAAAAGCAUUCAAAUAAAUAAAUGAUAUACUUGAUUAAUUCAUAUAAAAGUAAAUAUAUAUAUUUUAAUUAAGUCAUGUUGAUGUCGAGAAUUAAAUAAUGAAAGUUAAUGAACUUGAAAAUUAUAAUAAAAUUAUUAAGUAAAGAUAUUAUUGUGAAACAGAAUUACUUAUUUAAUUAAAUGAUAUUUAAAAAAUAUAGAUUUAAUUUGGAGAAUAAAUUUUUGAUGAUUUUGAAAAAGAAAAGUAGGAAAAUGAAACUCUUAAAGAAUCAGAAAAAUUAUAAUAGUAUAUUCUUAGUCAUUUUUAACCUUAUUUUGUUAAAUAAUUUUAAAAGUAUUAUGGAGAUAAAUUAUAAAAUUCUUAUUUAUUAAAUGGAAUUUCAAAAAAAUAAUAUAAUGAAUUAUUAUAAUUCAUAGAAAAAGAUAAAUAAAGAGCAACUAGAUCAUUUGAGGCAGUUAAGAAAGUUAUUGACGAUUGUUUUUCUUAAUCAUAAUAGAUUAAAAUAGAAAUAUUUAAUGAUUUUAAAUUUGAUGUUGAUGAUUUGCCUAAAAGUGAAAUUAUGAAUUAAUUUUAUAAGUUUUAUAUUAAGAAUUCAUUAGAUCAUGAUUUGACAUAAGAGGAAUAAUAUAAAUUAGUCAAUCAAAAAGUAUUAGAAGAUGUUAAAUUAUAUAUUUAAGAACAAUAUGAAAUGGCAAAUACAUUUCAAAUACUUAAAUUAAUAGGCGAAUUAAUAUGA